AGUGUGUAAAUUGUAUAUUAAUAUCUAUAGUUCUUUUUUUAUUAUUUAAUUUUAAUAAGAUACAUAUAUAAUAAAUGAAUUGAAUUUUAUAUUUAUUUAUUUAUUUAAAAAAAAAUAAUAAUUUAAGUUAAAUUGCAACGCCCUUGCAGGGUGUCACAUAUUUGUGCAACUUGUGAUAUUAUUGUUUUUGUACUAUCUGUGGCAUGCAAUAAAGAAUAAAUAAAUAAAAGGCGUUAAAUAAAGUUGGCCCAAUAUGGGACCCCUGUGGAACUCCAGAGGUUAUCGUGAAUGUAGAGGAUCUAAAAUCAUUCAUCACCACAUAGAAAGAUCUCCGCUCAAGAUAAGAUUGAAUCGACUUUUAAAGAGGACCCUAUAUUCCAUUGUUUUCGAGUUUCGUAAUGAGGGUUCUGAGAGGAGCGUUAUCAAAAGCCUUUCUAAAAUCUAUGUAUAUCACAUGAACUUGCUUGUUUUCAUCCAUAGCAGCCACCACAUUUACAAUGAAACUGAUUUAGUUAGAGGUGGUUGACUUUGUGUAAAAUAUCCAUGUUGAUGUAUAGUGAUAUACUGCUUUAAAAAUAAUAUUCCUUAAUUCCUAUCCCCGUGGAGCCCUUGAACCCUACCCAUCGACAGAAACACAAUAAGACCACAGAAUAGAUAGUAAUAAUACAAUGUGUCUUCUAUAAAGUGAAGUUUACUUCCCUAAACCGGCGAUCGGAUCAGACCGGAUUAUACCCACUUCUUAUAAAUCUUGUUUCGCAGCUUGUGCACCGUCCCAGUGGAGCCAUGCAAGAAGCACGAGGGGCGGCGCGUGGACGGCACCUGCACCAACCCCAAAUUCCCGUCGCGUGGAGCGUCUGGCACACCGCUGUUGCGUAUGCUACCCGCAAGUUUCGGAUUAGGGAACAUGCUAAGGCAGUCGAUGAAUGGAUCAGAUCUGCCGUCCACGCGACUUCUGCGCACCAAACUGCUGAGCGACGGGUACCCAGUGGACCAUAACUUUAAUGUGCUCGCGACCCACCUUGGAGUCUUCUCAUUCGUGGACAACGUUGACCUGACCGUUCUAUUGCGGUACUUGAUUCUGAGCGACUGCUGCGUAGGAAACACUCCUAACCGCAUCAACCCCACCUGCAUCCCCAUCCCGGUGGCACCCGACGACCCGUACCUGCGGCUCACCGGGAUCCGCUGCAUGAACCUCACCAGGAACCCCACCUUCCAGGAGAGGGGCUGCAUAUCCAACGCCAUGCCCGCGGAGAGAUAUUCAGUGACGACACCACUGAUCGAUCUAUCUGUCGUGUAUGGGUUCACAAACGAGCGGGAACGCCAGAUCCGCGAGUACAAAGGCGGUCUGCUGCGGGCGGAGCAGAGGAACGGACUAGACUACCCCCCCGGUACGGCUCCUGUCUGUGCCCUGAACAGAAGACCUAUAGAGAAUGCUUGCUACGAAUACGGCGAUGCGUUUGGCGGCAACCUUCUAGUUGGCGUGUACAUGACCGCGAUGUGGUUCUACCGGGAGCACAACCGGCUGGCGCGGAAGCUGGCGGAGAUCAACCCGUGCUGGAGCGACCAGGAGUUAUUCGAGACGGCGCGCCACAUCAACAUUGCACAAUGGCAGCAUAUUUUUUACUACGAGCUCAUGGCAGAACUACUUGGUAGGGAGAAUGCCUUAAAAGCUGGGAUAAUUUACGACACGCACGGGUACGUGGACGACUUCGACGAGCGUUACGAGCCCGGAGUGUACCACGAGUACGUCGUCGGCGGCCGCUGGUUCCACACAAUGCAGGACGGAAGGACUGACUUAUACAGCAAUAAAGGCGAGUACUUAGGCACCAGGACGACGGUGGACGAUGCUCUGCGCAGCGGUAUCUUGGAGGUCAACAACACUGAAGCAGAUCUCACGCAGGGCGCCUUCCGUCAGGGAUCGCACAAGAUCGACUACGUCAUCGAGCCUGAUAUCGCGGAGCGCGUUGCCAGCAACAUACAGGCGGCGCUGGAUUUGCCAGCCGUGGACAUGCAGCGAGGGCGCGACCAGGGCCUGCCGCCCUACAACCAGUACCGCAAGCUGUGCGGCCUACCAACAGCGCACAAGUUCGAAGACCUCCACGACGUUAUAUUCCCUGACAAAGUGGAGCAGAUGCGUCGUAUAUACUACGACGUGGACGAUGUAGACGUGAUGACGGCCAUCUACAGCGAGAAGCUGAUCGAGGGCGGGUACGUGGGGCCCACGCUGUUCUGCAUCAUGCGCCAGAACCUGGUGCAGUGGCGAAAGGCCGACAGGCACUUCUUUGAGCACGGGGACAUUCCGGCCUCCUUGACACUUCCUCAGCUAUAUGAAGUAAGAAAAUCGAGUGCUGCCCGACUCCUGUGUGACAGCGGCGACCGCGUGGACCAGAUCCAACCCAGGGCACUGCUCCGAGCUGGACGCGGGAACGAAAUCAGAUCAUGCAAAGAGAUUCCGUCGAUGGACCUCACCAAGUGGGCUGAUCCCCAGUGCCACCCCAAGGCUGACAACAAGGAACAUCCCAUAAAGGAACAGGAGCACUACGCGAAUCCCUACUUAUGGGAAUCCUAUAAUUAUGAUAAGAAAUAGAAACAAUAUAUUAUUUUAUAUUUUCUUCACUUACCUGUACCCUUAGUACGAGUUUUACAAUUACGUAAACUAUGAUAGUUUUCGUGAGCUCGCACUCGUACUAAGGGUACUGAUUUUAUUGUUUUCGUUUCAAUACAAAUAAACAGUGUUUAAAUUCUAUCAUUCAAUCAUUUGCGUCUUAUUAAAUUUUAAUUUUAUUUAGUUACUUCUCACCAAAAUGGACAUAGAAACAUAAUUUACAAAUACGAAAACUAUGAUAGUUUUCGUGAGCUCGAACUCGUACUAAGGGUACUGGACUCUGGACUUUAUUACUGAAAAUUGAGAAACCGCUGGUCAAAAGACCGUCGCUUUUAAUUGAAGCCGCACUUGAAGAGCUCGAUAGCGCGGGUGGUUAGCGCGAUUGAUGAAAUUAAGCAACUUUCGCAGUGGUCGGUCAUUGGAUGGGUGACCAAAAAUCUUUAUCUCGAGUUCAUCCGUGCUUCGAGAGGCACGUUAAGCCGUCGGUCCCGGCUGCAUCUGCAAUCAGCACUUUGCCCGCGUGGUGGGUCAUGGCCCAAUCUCCCUAUUCCAUCCAUAGGGAAGGCCUGUGCCCCAGCAGGGGGAGCACCAAUAGGAUGAUGAUAAUAAUGAUGACACUUGAAGGGCUACACGCUUCUCAAAAACUUCUUAAUUAAACUUUCAGUUUCUGCUUCAGUUUUCGCCAUUGCCAUUAUCAAUUUAUGGCACCCAUCAAGGAGAGUUUACUGAUGGUAAUGCUAAUAGUUUCUAUGUUAUAUAAUAAUCUGUGAUUUUUAUAGAACAACUAUAAACUUGUAAAUAAGGACAUAAGAUUAUUCUUCUAAUCGUUAAAACUUUAUUUUUAAUAACGAAAAUUAUGUUUAUUAUUAAUCCUUAAAAAUAUACU